CAAUUAACUCUCCAGUCAGAUCUAAUUUCACAUUUUUUUCCCACAAAAUUCACACACAUUUACACACAAUCACCCCUAAUUGUCGAAUUCCGUGCUGAAAAAUGUCGAGCGGCGACGAUUUGGAUGAGGACGAGCUGCUGCAGAUGGCUCUGAAGGAGCAAUCGCAGCGCAAUGUCAAUUACCAGAAGCCGUCGUCUAAGUCGAAGCCCGUGCGCAACUUCGUGCAGCUUCCGGCACGCGUCGGCGCCCAUAAGAUCGCCCACGCAGUGCACCAUCAUCAUAAGAAGGGGCACCAUAAGAAAAAGAAGCAAAUGGAAGAAGAAGAAGACGAGGAUUCGGAGGUGGAGAUGCUGAGCAUUUCAUCCGGGGACGAGGAUGAUCGCGGCGGCGCGGCUGCUAAGAACCGCGGUGGCGGUAAGAAGCAUGCCGAUAAGGCGUAUGAUGGAGGGGAGCCGAGUUGCUGGAAGCAUGUUGAUGAAACUGAGCUGGCCCGGAGAGUCCGUGAAAUGAGGGAUGCGAAAGCAGUUUCUGCACUCCCAAAGUAUGAUCCCAAGCCUAAAAAUUUGACCACUGUACAGUCACUUCCCCGCGGCAUGGAGUGGGUGGAUCCUCUUGGAUUGGGGCUAAUUAACCACAAGACGUUCAGAUUGAUCAGUGACAAUAUAGGAAGUGCCAUGUUCACUACUGACGUGGAACCUCUGGAUCAAAGUGCACGAGAAAAAUUAAACUAUUACUCAGAGAACUUUGAUGCAAAACUUUUUUUAUCACGAGUCCACCAAGAUACUAGUGCGGCCGAAUUGGAAGCUGGUGCCUUUGCAUUAAAGAAUGAUCUUAAAGGACGCACCCAACAAAGAAAGCAGUUGGUCAAAGAGAACUUUGAUUGUUUUGUUUCAUGCAAAACAACUAUUGAUGAUAUUGAAUCAAAAUUGAAAAGAAUUGAGGAAGAUCCUGAUGGUGCUGGAACAACUCAGUUGUUCAAUAGUAUUGAGGGAGUUAGUUCACUUGCUAACCGUGCUUUUGGACCUCUAUUUGAGAGACAGGCUCAAGCGGAGAAGAUUAGGUCUGUCCAGGGAAUGCUUCAGAGGUUUCGAACACUAUUUAACCUGCCCAGUGCAAUUCGUGGUAACAUUAGCAAGGGUGAAUAUGAUUUGGCAGUAAGAGAGUACAGAAAAGCGAAGUCAAUUGUCCUGCCUUCUCAUGUGGGAAUUCUCAAACGUGUUCUUGAAGAGGUCGAAAAAGUAAUGCAAGAGUUCAAAGCCAUGCUUUACAAGACCAUGGAAGAUCCAAAUAUUGAUCUAACAAGUCUUGAAAAUACUGUGCGGCUUUUACUGGAGCUUGAGCCUGAGUCCGAUCCUAUAAAGCAUUAUUUGAAUAUACAGAACCAAAAAAUUAGAGGGUUGCUUGAAAAAUGCACUUUGGCUCAUGAAGCAAGAAUGGAGAAUAUGCAGAAUGAGCUUCGUGAAAAAGCACUCUCUGAUGCUAAGUGGAGGCAAAUUCAGCAAGAUAUGAAUCAAUCAUCAGCUUUGGAUCACUAUAUGGCUGGAGAUAUACUCCCAGCAGAAAUGACCAGCGAAGAACUUGAUGCUCUUCGCGCUAGAUAUAUUCGCCAAUUAACUGGUGUGCUUAUCCAUCACAUACCUGCUUUCUGGAAAGUUGCACUUUCAGUGUCAAGCGGAAAAUUCGCAAAGUCUUCCCAAGUAUCUGCUGAUACAAGUACAAGUGGUUCUGUGACUAGAGUUGAGGUGGGCGAUACUCUCGAUGAAGUUGCUGGGAUGAUACGCAAUACUCUAUCAGCAUACGAGUCUAAGGUCCUUGGUACGUUUCGCGAUCUUGAGGAAUCCAACAUCCUCAGUCCUCACAUGAAUGAUGCUGUAAAGGAGGUCUGCAGGGCUGGCCAAGCUUUUGAAGCAAAAGAAUCUGCCCCUCCAGUUGCUGUUUCUGCAAUAAGGACACUUGAAUAUGAGAUCUCAAAAAUCUACAUAGUCAGGCUUUGUUCUUGGAUGCGGAGUUCAAUAGAAGAGAUAUCAAAAGAUGAAUCUUGGGUUCCUGUGUCUAUCUUAGAAAGAAACAAGUCACCGUAUUCAAUCUCAUCAUUGCCUCUUGCAUUCCGGGCAGUUAUGAUCUCCGCUAUGGAUCAAAUCAAUGAGAUGCUUCAGUCUUUGCAAAGUGAAUCAGCAAAAUCUGAAGAUGCUUUUGCUCAGCUUCAAGAAAUUCAAGAAUCAGUUAGACUUGCUCUGUUGAACUGUUUGUUGGAUUUUGCUGGUCACUUGGAGCAUAUCGGCUCUGAACUUACACAGAAUAGACCAGACAUUGGAAGCCUGCACUUCCAAAAUGGAUAUUCUCAUGAACCAGUUGAAAUAUCUGAUGAUCCUCUUCCUGGAAGUAUUACUGACCCGCAUCAAAAGUUCCUGAUGGUCCUAAGCAAUAUUGGGUAUUGCAAAGAUGAACUUUCUGUGGAGUUGUAUGGGAAAUACAAAAAUAUAUGGCUACAACAGUCCAGCGGUAAAGUUGAGGAUGAUGGUGACAUUCAAGAGCUGGUUAUAUCUUUUACUGGUCUUGAAGAGAAGGUCAUCGAACAGUAUACUCUGGCCAAGACAAAUUUGAUUAGAGAAGCCGCAACAAACUACUUGUUGGAUGCUGGGGUUCAGUGGGGAGCAGCACCUGCGAUCAAAGGUGUCAGAGAUGCCGCUGUUGACCUACUUCACACCCUGGUAGCUGUACAUGCAGAGGUAUUUUCUGGCUGCAAGCCUUUACUGGACAAGGUUCUCGGAAUUCUUGUUGAAGGCCUGAUCGAUAUACUUCUUGGUCUCUUUAAUGAAAACAAAAGUAGAGAUCUUAGGGCAUUGGAUCCAAGUGGAUUUUGUCAGCUUAUGCUUGAGCUUGAAUAUUUCGAAACCAUAUUGAAUCCCUAUUUCACUCACGAUGCAAGAGAGUCUCUCAAGUCCUUACAAGGGGUCCUGCUAGAGAAGGCUAUAGAAACUGUCACAGAGUCUGAUCAGCCCCGGGCUACACGUGGAAGUGAUGAUGCAACGGCAGAUGACAGGCUGUCAGGAUCAUCUGCAUCCCCGGAUGACCUCAUUGCGCUCGCUCAACAGUACAGCUCGGAACUACUUCAAUCUGAGCUGGAGAGGACAAGGAUCAACACUGCGUGCUUCGUGGAGUCGCUUCCAUUGGACUCUCUACCAGAAUCAGCCAAAGCAGCGUAUGCUUCGUUUAGAGGGUCGAUGGAUUCUCCCAGCAGAAACUACAGGAACUCGCCGUCUUUUAGUGGCUCACCAGGUUACUCCAGGCAAAGACAUAGAUAAACCGGUAACUAUAUUUGUAUCUUCUUGUCACGUUGCAUUUUUUGGCUAUAUUCUUUUGGAAUUGGUGUAUGUCUCUGUUUGUAAUUCACAUUGAUGUGUGUAUCCCAAACUGUUAUUAAUAUUCAUAGGGAUAAAAUUUUGUGUGAUAGCUGAUGCUAAUUUAGUUUUGUAAUUUUUCAGUA